CCCUCUUUCCCUCUUCCCCUAAUUUUGUUGUACAGUGCAUUCAUCCUUACUAUAAAACGGAAAUGACUCUCGAAACCGCCGAAAAAUCCCCUGCUGUACCGGCAAGCGCUGAGUAUUACGAUCUCGGAUCGUUUGGGCACACCAUUACCACGACAAGCCUAGAUGCACAAAUAUGGUUCAACCGCGGCUUAACCUGGUGCUAUGCCUUCAACCAUGUUGAAGGCGCCUAUUGCUUUGAGCAGGCAAUUUCUCAUGACCCUUUUUGUGCAAUGGCCCACUGGGGGUUGGCGUAUGCGUCGGGACCCAAUUACAAUAAAGGCUGGGAUCGCUUCGAUUCGCAAGACCUGGCUUUCUGCUUGAAACGCGCUUUUAUUGCCUCACGACGUGCAAAAGAAUGCUCGGCCCAUGCAGCGCCUUGGGAGCAGGCGCUUGCGGACGCCAUUAUAAAGCGCUACCCGAGUGAUACGCCGCUGGUUGAUUACUCGGUGCCAAAUGGAGAGUACGCUGCCGCUAUGGGGUCGGUGUAUGAGAAGCACGGCAGUGACUUGGAUAUUGCUGUGCUAUACGCUGAUGCCAUGAUGAAUCUCACUCCCUGGGCCCUGUGGGAUCUGUUUACCGGUCAACCUGCCAAGGAUGCCCCAACGGCCGACGUUCAGCGAGUGUUAGAACGGGCACUUGAACAGGAUGGCGCUUAUCAACAUCCAGGUCUUCUACAUUUGUAUAUUCACUACAUCGAGAUGUCCCCUACUCCUGAGUUGGGCAUGAACGCAGCUGAUCACUUACGCGACCUCAUUCCGGAUGCUGGUCACCUACACCAUAUGCCCACUCACCUGGAUAUUCUAAUCGGCGACUGGCGCCGCUCGAUUGCAUCAAAUCAAAAAUCGACCCUCGCAGAUGAAAAAUACCUGCGUCGCGCAGGCGCCGUCAAUUUCUACACGUUCUACCGUCUCCAUGAUUACCACUCGUUAAUCUAUGCGGCUAUGUUUGCCGGGAAGCUCAAAACUGCGAUGGAAGCAGUCGAUCGCAUGGAGAGGUCUGUCCCAGAGGAGGUGCUUCGCAUGAAAUCUCCUCCCAUGGCCGACUGGCUUGAGAAUUUUAUGUCUGUGCGCAUCCAUGUUAUGGUACGCUUUGGGAUGUGGGAAGAUAUCAUUCGAAUGGAAUUGCCGCAUGACCAAGAACUAUACUCGGUCAAAACAGCCAUGGUUCACUAUGCCAAGGGUGUCUCAUUAGCAGCAACGGGCCGGGUUAGUGAAGCACAGCAUGAGAGAGAUUUAUUCAAGAAGGCAGAGACACGAGUUCCAGAGACUCGUCGGGCGUAUAAUAGCAAGUGCGCUGAUAUCCUGGCUGUUGCAUCUGCCAUGCUCGAUGGGGAAAUCGAGUACCGACGGGGGAAAUAUGAUCAGGCGUUCAAAAGCCUUCGCAAAUCUAUCGAUUUAGAUGACAAUCUACCAUACAGUGAACCUUGGUCUUGGAUGCAACCUACCCGACAUGCCUACGCUGCCCUUAUGUUAGAACAAGGGCAAGUCGAGCAGGCUGCCGGUGUAUAUCGCGCUGACCUUGGGCUGGACAGUACCCUCAUCCGUCCCCGGCGGCAUCCGAACAAUGUAUGGGCUCUUCAUGGUUACCAUGAAUGUUUAGUGCGGCUCGGAAAGAUGGACGAGGCGGCCAUGGUUGAGCCUGCUCUGAAGCUUGCGCUGGCUGUGGCAGAUAUUCCUAUCAAGUCAUCUUGCUUCUGCCGGCUAGACACAUCGCAGGCUCCAGAAGUGAUCAUAGGUUGUGUCACCAGUAGUCCUUGUCAUUAAGUGAUUGAUUCUCCUAUAAAAAAAAAUGGAUAGCUUAUGAACAGCACAAAGUAUUCCCUGGUCCAGAAGAGAUAGCAUAGCCUCCAACUGAGGUGCUUGCUCAGUUUGCUAGCAUUCUAGUCCCGUUGAAUAUGAUAUUUGGUACACACAAGGCUUAUUGUUUUUUCCAGUGGGCAUAGAUAGGAAAUCCCGCAGGCUGCCGUCCGACCUAGCUAAGUAUCAAUGUGCCGGAUAGGAACACCCGUGAAAUUAAACAGUCCAAAUCCCGACUCUACCCCUGCAGAUCACAAAUUCCGUGCUAGUCAGGGAAAGAUCGAUAGAGUCUGUUAGUUACCCGAUCUAAAGGACGAAAACUUGCUCUAAAGAGGGGAAAGACCAGACACUAAGAGAAGAAGAAGAAGAAGAAGAAGAAGAAGAAGAAGAAGAAGAAGAA